AGCGUACUCAUUAUGUUGCCGUCAAACUGAGGAAUAGGCGUGUUCACCGGUGCUGUCUCAUCAUCGGCAUUUUUAAACUGUUAUUCACCGUUUAUUAAAAACACGCGAGUUUCGUUUUAUUGUUGCUUCGUUCGGUCAGUGUUGUCGAGGAAUUUUGUUUCGCUCUCGAUUUACAGGUACCAGAGACGGAGAUCGUAACAGAAAAAAACCUGCGCCCCCCGUUCUUCUUAUCGACUGGGACCGACAUCCACGUCUGUUGCCACACCGAGACUUUUCGAGGUCAACGAAGGUUUUGCGGAGUCAACGAAGUUGGCAGGAUUUCCGGAUAGAUAAUCCCACGGAGAUUUGGCAUUUUUUUCUCGUAUAGAGCACGAUGCCGGCACCAACGUCCGAUGCGGCGGCAACGGGGGGCCCCGAGGCCGGGGGCCCGCCUCGAACAGAACUGCAAGAACUUCAGCUCAAGGCCGGUCAAACUACAGACGAGUCGCUGGAGAGCACGAGGAGAAUGUUGGCGUUAUGCGAGGAGAGCAAGGAGGCUGGCAUCCGCACUCUGGUCGCUCUCGACGACCAGGGAGAGCAAUUGGACCGGAUCGAGGAGGGGAUGGACCAGAUAAACGCGGACAUGCGUGAGGCUGAGAAAAAUCUCACUGGAAUGGAAAAAUGCUGUGGCCUCUGCGUUUUACCGUGCAACAAAGGAGCGAGCUUCAAGGAGGACGAGGGCACGUGGAAGGGAAACGACGAUGGAAAAGUUGUCAACAAUCAGCCACAACGGGUUAUGGAUGAUCGCAACGGUCUCGGACCUCAGGGAGGUUACAUCGCGAAAAUCACAGGCGACGCGCGUGAAGGCGAAAUGGAAGAAAACAUGGGUCAGGUCAACACGAUGAUUGGUAAUUUGAGAAAUAUGGCAAUCGACAUGGGAAGCGAGCUCGAAAAUCAGAAUCGACAGAUCGAUAGGAUCAAUCGCAAGGGUGAGUCCAACGAGACGAGGAUACAGGUGGCGAACGAGCGAGCUCAUCAGCUUCUGAAAUAAGGGGUGAAAGCAGCAAUCCAAGUUGCAGCUAAUGUUAAAGAAUUCUCUCUCUUCCUUCGAUCUUUUAUCUAUGCGACCUAAUUUCCCCCUUGUCACUCGUAAUCUAUUCGUCCGCCAUUGCCGACAUACGUACACAGUUGACAAAAAAAGCAAAAAGCAAAAAAAAACAGCAAAAAAAUUGUACUCCUAAUAAUAACCGCGGCAGUGAUACUUUUGAGCAUGUAAAAGCGCGGCAAUAUAAUCUUCGUAUAGAUCUUCGAAAACGUUCGAGCUACGUAUUGAUGAUGGGGCGGGGGUAUCGAAGAGUUGCGAGAAUCGUGCUAACCGAAAAUCGAAAACGUAGUAUUAUUACGAGAAGAAAAAAGCAAAGGAAGGCACGAUAAAGUUGAAAGAGAUGAGAGUUUAACUGGACGAAAAAUCCGUGUCGAAAACUCAAUGCAUUUCGACAUGAGAAUGUACGGGUCGUAGUGAAAGACGAGAAAAGUUUUGGUCCUUCAUUUUCCUUUGCAGUUAAACAAACAAAAUAAAUCAUUAUUGGCAUAGAUUCACCUUCAUGAAGGCAAAAACGGAAUAAGCUAGAAUUAGGGUUUUUCGUAUUCAAUGAAAAAGAGAUACAUUAAUAUUGACUUGAAUUUUUACGGGAACCCGAUGAAAAAUUGACCCUUUCAGUCGUUCGUGUAUUAUUUCCGUGCAGUAAUAAUGUUGAUUUUCGUCACAUUCGAAUCGAUCACCGUUUUCGAAAUUGCUUAAUACAGCGAUAUAUAGUUAGUCGAAUAUAAGAUUUUUUCACUCGAUCUUCGUAAAAAUUGGGAAUAAAUAUAAAGAAAAUAAAAAUUCUUUAUAGAUUGGCCAAAGGGCUUUAGAUUGAAGGCUCAGGUAAACAAAAAGAAACAAAAUAUAUAAAUAUAUAUAUAUAUAAAUCUAUAAAUAAAUAAAAUGAUAUCGGCAUGUUAGCAAUAUUUUGCUUUGAUUUUGUGACCUUUUAAAAUACGCUUUUAUCCUCUUUUAUCAUUAACCGACGUACGUCUAUCUAAAAUCUCACUAAACACCGCGUAACGCUUCGAAGGCACUUAAAGGUGUGUGAAUUAGAUAGGGUAAUAACUGUCAAUGCCCUUCGAAUAACGAUUUACGUCAAAAUUUGAAACAAAAUUAAUAAACCUAAAAAUAUAUACCGACCCUAUUCAACAGAGUGCGAAGAUCGUACGAAAAUAAUAGCGUAUAUCGAAAUGAAAAGAUUCCGGGGCUGAAAGGGUUGACGAAUACGAAUCGCGUAUUCAAGUUAUGAAUUAUUAUCGAAACUACGUAGUAUUAUUAUUCUCAUAAUAGCUUUGAGAGUACGAAACUCGAGAUCGUUGUUACAUUGUUUUAUCUGCGAUCGAGUUUUCGCGAAAGCCAUGCAAAUCCCGUGUCUUAUGAAUGUGUUAUGCGUAUUCUCCUCGAGAGCUCAAUCCAUUUGACUAAUUUUGUAUGUGGAUCGAACUAUCCGGUGAAACGUAAUAAUUGCUCUAAAAGAGGAAAAAGCGAACAAAACGUAUAGAAAAAUGAAGAUUGAAAUGAAAAUAUACUCAAGCAGAUACAGCUGGAGGCGUGUAAACGGCAUGAUUGAUUUAUCGUUAUCUUUACAAUUUUAUUGUUGCAUAUACUAUUAUUAUUAUCAUUAUUAUUAGUAUUAUUAAAAUCAUGAUUUGCUUUGGCAAAAAUCUUUGUUCGUGUUGAAAUAUUUGUGAUAACUGUGUCGUUUUUAUCAUGAGAAUAUUAGAGUAAUUAGCUUACAUAAUUAUUUCAUAUUAUCACAUUAUGUUUAAUAAAAACAAACGAGCAAAAAAAAAAAGAAAGAAAGAGAAAUUAAAUAGUGCACAAAUAACAAUUGAAGCAUUAGAUUGCAACGACAAAUAACAUUCGUCGUGAUAAUACCAUUACGAUGCAUAUAUAUGUGUACAUAUAUAUUUAUGUAUUUGCAUUUACAUUUAUAUAUACAUACAUAUAUAUAUAUAUAUAAGUAUAAAUAUAGUUUUAUUGCCGAGUUACAUAAAUCGUUUUAUUAUAACACACGGCAGGUGGCACCUACCGCGUGUAUAGAAUUAUUGUGACAGUGUCUAACAAAGAUUACCUCUGAACAAAAAAAAACAAACAAACAAACAAAAUAUACUUGUACAUUGUUAUCACGAAUACCACGUUCGAACGCAAUAUAAACACUGCGUCCAAAUUGUGGCAUUAUUUUUUUCGAAAAAUUUGACGGUCGCUCUCGCGACUGUUCCCUCAAAUAUUUUGCGAAACAAGUGCAACAAAAAUAUAUAAAUCUUACGUACGAUAAAAAACUACGAGUAGGUUUUUUAUUUUUCCAAGCCUCGGUUUCAAGCAUUCGAGUAUGUUUCAUCAGUCUUUGUUGGUUUGUCAAAAGUUUGAAAAACUGUAUUCCCCUGCGUCGAUCGAGAGCUGUGUCGGUAUUUCAUGUUUUCAUUUUGAAUUUCAUCAAUUCUUUUUUGCCCCUUUUGUGUUCUGACUAACAGGCCUUGGUCACCGACAUCGAAUGUAUGUACUAGGGAAAACACACAAAAAACCAAAAUAGUUGCAUACACAUUCCGACGAGUUUCAAUAUGCGCGAGAUAUGAGCAAUAAAUACUCUCAAAAAGGAAUCUACCGUCGUGGGAGGGCUAAUACUUAAAAAAAAUGGAUUAUGUAAAGAAGAAAAUCGUGUUUUCAAUCCGUUUGUUCAAAUGGUGUUUUGGCUAUGCGCAACUUUAUAAAUGUAUUUACAUUCAUAUAUGCGCGCGUGCGCGCGCGCACACAUACACACAACCACCCAUACACAUGUACAUAGGAUGUCCCUGAUAUCGACUCUUAGUUUCAGGGUAGAUACGUCGCGAGAUUUCGAAAAUAAUUCGUCACGUAUUUUUCUCUUCGCUCGAUUAUUAAUUAACGAUUGUUCGAUUACUGAACGCCAAUGGUGAGUGUAGAAAACACGUGGUAGGAGACCGUGCCACACAUAUUUUGUUAACCCCAUUAUUAACCCAAUGAAACUUUGGUUGUCACGUAUCAGUUUAUUAUCAUUAAUCAACGAUACAUCGAAAGAAAGAGGGCCUUUAUAUUGAGUCUUUGAAAAUUCGCGACUUAUCCAUCCCGUGAAUGUACAGGUCGACUUUUGGAAAACCCUGUAUAAAUAUUUCUAUAUAUGUAUUUGUUGUUGACAUAGACCAGGGUAUGUCAAAUUCUCAAGAGCCUGCGAAAUGUAGUAAUGUGAAUUAGGGCUCAGCUGUCUCUCGAGCAGCUGGAUUUUUGAUCCAAGUAGAUCAUCCUUAACGACAACUAAGUAAUAAAUUAAUAUCACAAAAUGCAGACACACUCGGGUGUUAACGAAGGAACCAUAUCGUGCGAAUGACAGAUUAUAGAACGAUUCGCAUAUUUCUCGGCGCACGCACACACAUACACUAAUGUUUAUUUUCGAUCGUGCAUUGUUUAAGUUCGAUAGAAAAAAUGAAAAAUGCACCAUUUUUCCCAGGUAACUCAUUCGUUCCAAGGAUUUUUUUCUUUUUAUUUUCUUUCUAACGAACCAUUAUCACCUUCCUUGCGUACAUGCUCGCCGAGACAAGUCCGAAAAUUACUUACCCAAUUCUAUAUGUCUCACUAUACAUGCUGCUGCAUUUCGGGGUUGGAAAACAUAUCGAACACAAAAUUACACACAGGUCCGGGUAUCUCACACUGGAAACGGAAGACAGAGACACCUUACGUCAUCUCUGAAGUUACCCGAUGUAAUAGAUGUAAUAGACACGUUGGGAGAAAAAAACCUGAAAAACUAACCUACAAAAAAAAUAGAAAGAAACAAACGCGAGAGACCGAGAUCUAGAAGCGGAACAAGAGUCUCAAUUCAAGUCUCGGUUAAUUUUUUCUAAAAUUAUAUAGAGGUUUUGAUGGAGGGGUGUGUACAUACUGUAUGUAUAGAUUAUUUCGUUCGAAUUCCGUAUAUGUAUAAAUAUAUAUGUAUCGAUUACAUAUAUAUGAGUAUAAGUACAGAAAAAAAGUGGAAUUUUUUUUCCAUCGCGUGAGUUGGUUAAUCGUUGAAGAUCGACACGAAAUGCGACUUUAUUAAUGAUGUACACGUAUUAAAAGUCGAGAAAAGGAUAAAGCUACGUGCUGGAUAUCGCAAUUCAUUAUAUAUUCAAACAACUAUAUUAUUGUCGCAAUCUAUUGAACUAAUUUUUCUUGUCCUCGACAUAAUUUAACCAUAAACUGAUCAAUUCUGUAGUACAUUGGGAUAGUUUAUAGAUAUAUACGUACUCUUCAAUUCGUCAUGCGUACGCAUAUAUUUAUACACAUAAAGCAUGUAAAAGUGUAAAAAAAAACAAAUUAGAAUGAGAUUUCAACCUGUGUACUUAUUUCGCAACAGUAUAGUUGAAUAAAAUUAUAAUCCAAAGUAUGUACAUAAA